AAGCCGCCCGGCAGUCCGAGCUUCAGGUCCCUGGGAGCGGAACAAGCUCUGGUCCCUGACACUGCCCCCUCAAACACUCCCUUCCUCCCUCCUCUCCUGGCGUUCAGUCCCCAGCCUCUUUUCCCCCCUCCCUUUCAUCCUCCCCUCACCCCCUCCAGCCUGCUUCCACGCCUGAAGCUGCGACUCCCUCCCAAAGCAGUGCGGAGCCGAGCCCCGAGCAGAGCGGAUCCGAGCGGGGCAGGGCAGGGGCACCCGCUGCCUCCAGGAGACCACGCCCGCCUUGGCUGGAGCCUCUCACAGGGAGGAAACUGGGAGCCUUUCAAUUUACCUUCUUCUUUUGUGCCAAGAAUGAGCCGGUAAAGUUUUCCCGGGGAUUUCCAUUGCUGACCUAUUCAAGUGAUGUUAAGUUACCAAAAUGACCCUCUUGCCUGGAGAAAACUCAGAUUAUGACUAUAGUGCCCUGAGCUGCACUUCUGAUGCUUCCUUCAAUCAUCAGCAUGCAUUCUUUCCUCGGUCUGAGUCCCUCAAGGGUGUGUUUUACCGCAGAGCCAAGAGACUUCACCCCAAAGACAAUGCCCACCAAAGCAGCCAGCCUGAAGACCGAAAGAGACAGAUCAUUAUUAAUGUGGGGGGAAUCAAGUACCUGCUGCCAUGGACUACUCUGGAUGAGUUUCCCCUUACUCGUCUGGGCCAGCUGAAAUCUUGCACCAACUUUGAUGACAUCCUCAAUGUCUGUGAUGAUUAUGAUGUGACCUGCAACGAGUUCUUCUUUGACCGCAACCCUGGGGCCUUUCGGACAAUCUUGACCUUCCUCCGGGUGGGGAAGCUCCGGCUGCUCAGGGAGAUGUGCGCCCUUUCUUUCCAGGAGGAGCUCCUGUACUGGGGCAUCGAGGAGGACAACCUGGAUUGGUGUUGCCGGCGGAGAUACCUGCAGAAGAUCGAGGAGUUCGCAGAGAUGAAUGAGAGGGAGGAUGAUCUCCUGGAGAGCGAGAGUCCUGGGGAGAUUGCCGAGGAGACUGGGCUGGGCCAGUGCAUGAAGAGGCUGCAGGACAUGGUAGAGAGACCUCAUUCAGGGCUGCCAGGGAAGGUGUUUGCCUGCCUGUCUGUGCUGUUUGUGACCAUCACUGCAGUGAAUCUAUCUAUCAGCACCAUGCCCAGCUUGAGAGAAGAGGAAGAACAAGGUGAAUGCUCCCAGAUGUGCUACAACAUCUUCAUUGUGGAGUCAGUAUGCGUGGGCUGGUUCUCCCUUGAGUUCCUGCUGAGGUUCAUCCAGGCUCCCAGCAAGUUUGCCUUUCUCCGGAGCCCACUGACUCUGAUUGACAUAAUCGCUAUCCUUCCCUAUUACAUUACUCUGGUGGUGGAUAGCACAUCUGUGGGUCAAAAAAAACCUAGCUCUGGAAACAGCUAUCUGGACAAGGUGGGCCUGGUGCUCCGUAUCCUGCGGGCCUUGAGGAUCUUAUAUGUCAUGAGGCUGGCGAGACACUCUUUGGGCCUGCAGACACUUGGGCUCACAGCCCGACGGUGCACCCGGGAAUUUGGGCUUUUGCUGCUGUUCCUUUGCGUGGCCAUUGCCCUGUUUGCCCCAUUACUUUAUGUCAUUGAGAACGAGAUGGCUGAUAGCCAAGAAUUCAGCAGCAUUCCAGCCUGCUACUGGUGGGCUGUCAUCACCAUGACCACAGUGGGUUAUGGGGACAUGGUACCCAGAAGCACCCCUGGCCAGGUGGUGGCCCUGAGCAGCAUCCUUAGUGGCAUCCUUCUUAUGGCAUUUCCUGUGACCUCCAUCUUCCAUACAUUCUCCCGCUCCUACCUGGAGCUGAAGCAGGAACAGGAAAGGGUCAUGUACAGGAGGGCACAAUUCCUGAUCAAAACCAAGUCACAGUUAAGUAACAUGUCACAGAACAGCAACGUUUUAUUUGGCAGCACCUCCUCAGACACUAGAAACAACAAUUGAAAUUAGACAAUUCCGAAUUUCCUCUGGAGUGACACUUAAGUGGCCUUGGCAGUGAGGUCUCCCCAAAGAUCACCCUGAUAUCUGUGACUACUGAACAGUGGGUAUUCAUCUUACAGAGACAAGAGAGAAAAGGAGUGUUAUGUAUGGAGCACAUAGCCAUAGAUGGUCCCUAUAUUUUGCCACAAUCAAUAGGUUCAUGUCCAUCAAUAAAGAAAUGUUUUCUUCCCUUUUUUAGCCCACAUAAAAAUAAUGUGCCUAUUGAAACCAGUGUCCCUAUGGAUAUUUAUACAUGAUAUCAUUUUCAAGAAAAGUACAUCUGCUUUUAGGUUGUAGUAUCCACUAUUAAAGAAAUCUAAGACAAAAAUAAAAAAGAAAAGAAUUCUUUCUGCAUUUGUAGAGUUAACCAAUAUCCAGAAAAGAUACCUCUUGGAAAAAGUAAAGAAUGUACAGAUGCUCUCCCUAAUAGCAUGCAUUAACUCUAUAAAACGUGUCAGCUCAAUCAGUGUUAUAAAUACAUUGCCAGUAAAAAAUGUUUUAAAUUUUGGAUUUACCAAAUAGCAUUUAUAGCAAGGUUUGGAUGGGUCUUAGUAGUAGCACUAAAUUUCAUUACAAAAGGAUGUUGAUUGGGGCAAAGUUACAUGGGAGUAUUCCUUGAUAUCACUAACUAAAUAGUAUUUUAUUUCAAUCUUAUUUAGCUUAGUGAGGGUCUGUAUACAGCAAACAGCCUAUGGAAGAAAUAGUGGUGACCAUGAAUCAGAUCUCUAAACUGGAAAAGGUCUCAGAGAUAACUUAGUAACUUGGCUCAUCCUUAAGCCAGAAUGCCAAUCUAUAACAUCCCUGAACAAUAUUCUUCCAGCCUCUGCUUGAACACUGCCCAGUAAUGGAGAGCUCAUCACUUCCCUGGAUAGCUCAGCCCAUUUUGGACAUCCUGGAUUAAGCAGCAAAUUCUUUGUUAAACUGAGUCAUGCAUAAUCUACUUCUUUGUACUAUCUUCUUAUUGUUCCCAUUUCUCCCCUCUGGGGCAAGGCAGGAAAAAAAAUUAAUAUAUCUUUCCCAUAGUAACCUUUCAGAUACCUAGACAGCAAUUAAUCCAUAAACUCUCUUCUCCAGACUAACUAGCUUCAUUCUACUAAUUAACUUCACACCCAGUCACAAUCUUCCUUUCCAACCUUAUUAAACAUUACUUUCCUUCAUGAAAUUUAUCAUCCAGUCAAACUGGCUUUCCUUUUAUUCCUCACAUAGAAUACUUAAUCUCUCAUUUCAUUGCCAUGGCAUUGGUUGCGUCCUGUGCUUAAAGUUCACUUCCUUCUCAUCUCUUGUCUUGAAAGUUCAGUUCAAAUGCCUCCUUUUACAUGAAGCCUGUCCUGAUCUUCCCAGUCACUACUGACCUCCCCCUCAAAAUAACUUGGUACAUAUUUUCUGUUUUGCAAAUAAAUAUGUAUAUUGCCUCUUCAAUAGAACAUAAGCUACCUGAAGGCAGGAACUAUUCCACCUUUGUCUUUGUAGUCUUAGAGUUUAUCACAGUGCCUGACACAUAGAAGAAAGUGCUUUAAAAGUGCUUCCUGAUUGACUGGUAUGCUUUCUAAUUACUGCACCAUCCUGGUCUCUCUUCUCUGGAGGAGUUUAUAUGAUUAUUGUACUCAAGCUUGUCAAUAUCCUUUCCAAAAUGUAGUAUCUAGACCUGAACAUAAAACUCCAAGCAAAGACUGACCAGAACAGAGAAUUAUCAUCUCUCUUGUUCCAAACUUUGGACUUGUAUGUAUUAACAGCAUCUCAUCACCUUCAUCUGAUAAAGAAUCUGGUAUCCUAUCCCUACUCUGACAUCAGAUACAUGGUCAUUAUACUUCUCUGAGAUUCCUUUUUUCUGAAAUAUCUUUCUUUUUUUCUUCUUCCUACUCUUUUGACCCUUUUCUUUUUCUUCUUUCAUAUCCCUUACAUCCUUUUUUUUCCCUUUUCCCCAGCCCAGUAGAUCAGGGUUUGUCUACCUACCAAUGGUCAUCUUAAGAAAUGCAUAACACUCAAGACCAAAGAGAUGAGGUUACAAAUCAUGUCAAAGCCUUCUUAAAAACCCUUAUAGUAAGGUAUAGUUAAUGUGAAAGUUGGGAAGAAAAUGUCAAUCAAGAAAUAUUAAGAUAUUAAUACAUGCUAGCCAUAUGUUAGGCAUUAUACUGGGACCUGGGGAUAAAGAAUACACAAUGAAAUACUCUACGCUCAGAGAGCUUAUGUUCUAUGGGGAAGACAACAUAUAAAAUAUAUACAAAAUAUACAAAAUUCCAACAAAAAGGGCCUCCUCUAGGAGGUGACAUUUGAGCUGAGCUUUGAAAGAAAAGAAAAUUUUAUGUUUAUAGGAUAUAAAACAGAAAGGAAUUUUUGAGCUUAUCCCAUCCAAGUCCAUCAUUUUACAGAGGAAACAGGUUUAGAAAUGCUUCAUGAUUUACCCAAGGACAGAUCAACGAUCAGAGUUGGCAUCUCCCAGUUCCUCUAAACUCUAAAAUGUUAUUUCUAACACAUCAUUCUUUUUGAUUUAAUGAAAAAAGCACCAAGCACUUGAAGUCAGGAAAUCUGGAGUUCUGCUCCUACUCUGACACUGGUUAUAUGGCCACUACCCUUUUCUGAGAUUCAUUUUCCUAAUUUAUAAAAUAGAAAUCCUAAAAUCAGUUUUAGAGCUGAAAGAGACUUUGAAAGUCAUCUCUUAUUACUUUAAAGGUAAGGAAAUUGAGGCCCAGAAAGUCCUAAGUCACACAAGUAGCAAGAGUCCAAGGCAAAAUAAAACUCAAUUCUCUUUUGACUUCAGGUCUGACAUCUGGCAAUCACACUACAAAAUAUUCCUACUACUUCUCUCACAGAAUUAUAAACUUAAGGAGCUAUUUUAAAAACAGAGUGGUUUCCCACUACCACCAGCAGUACAAAGGUGAAACAGAAACCAGAAAGGUAGAAUUGGUUACUCUACUUUUCAGUCCUAUUGGACUGGAUUAGCCAUGUCUUUGGUCUGACAUUAAGAUGUCAUCUCCCGUUGGGGAAGCCAAAAUUACCAUGGCCAGGUACAAGUGAUACAAAAAAGAAAUAUCAUCUGAGUCACAAGGGACUCAUUUAAGUUUCCCAUGACACAAAGCUUCCAGUGACUCACAGCUGAAAAGUAAGUUUUCCGACUAAUUAGCCUUGCCUUUAGCAGGUGUCAGAAUGAUAGAGAAUUACCGUGAUGAUAAUAAUAAUACUUCAGAUUUACCGAGCUGCUUGGGGUGUUUUUUUCCUCCCAAGAGCUUAAAGAAGCUUUGAAAGAUGGGAAGACAAUUAAAAAUGUUAAAUAGAAAUGUGACAGGGAAGAAAAAGAUGGAAACUUAAUGAUACUCACAAAAAAAUUGUUUUUUGUGUGUGUGAUGGAAGAGGGAAUGUAGAUUUAGACAGCAGGAUGUAGUGAAAGAUUUCUUUCUAGAUCCCAUGUCCUGCACUACUUUUGUGAGCUUAGACAAGUCAUUUAACUUACAAGGUCUCACUUCCCUCACCUGCAAAAUUACUGAUUUGGACUGCCUCUUCCAGCUUAAAAUCCUGUGGCAUCCUCUAGGAGGUGACAAGGAGAGGGGAUAGAGCCAAGAAAUGCAUGAAAUCUUUGCAAUAUAAUGAAGUCUAAAUUUCCUCAUGACACCUCCCAGAAAAAAAUUAUAGAACCCCAAGAAAAGUUUGGAAUCUAUUCCACUUAGCCUUAGUUUGUUUUUAGGAGUUUAGCAGCAGGCUUUUUGUGGGGGGAGGAUUUCUGUCAGAAAGCUAAGGACUAGACUACAUGAAUUCUCCUGUAUUGGAAAUCUAAGAUAAGAGAGCCCUCAGAAUUUAACCAGAGCAUGAUAUUCUCAGAAUCUCAGAGUUAGAAGGGAUUUUAUCAAUCAUCUGAUUCAACCUCAUCCCUGACAAAAGCAGAACUUUCCUCUAUAGCAGAGGUGGGGAACAUAUAGUCCAUGGACGAUAUAAGAUCCACAAAAUCAUUUGGUCUGGUUCUGCCAAGGUAACUGCAGGUAGCAGCAUAAUUGUGUAUGGCCCAUGAAUGAUAUUAUAAAUUAUUAUAUUAUAAUCUCAUUAUAAAUUAUUAUAACUAUCCAAAUAUAUAAAUAUCCAAAUGGCUUUUGGCUGAAAAAAGGUUCUCCAUCUCUGUUCUACAGCAUCCUUAAGAAGUCCAUGAUUGAAUACUUCCAAUGACAAGGAAGUUGCCAUGGGUACCAAGGCAGCCCAUCUCACUGUUAAACUCUAUUUGUUAAACAGUUCUUUCUUAUACUGAAUCAAAACUUAUCUCUGCAACUUCCACAUAUUUGUCCUAGUUCUCCUCCCUGGGAUCAAGCAAAAUAAGUUGCUUUCUACAUAAUAAUCUUUCAGUUAUCUGAAGACAGAACCAUGUCCCUCUGAAGUCAUCUCUUCCAAGCUAAAGGCUCCCUUUUACCACCCAGGUGAUUUUCUCCUGGACAUGCUCCAUAUACCUUCCAAAGUCCCCUGGAUUCAACCAUAGAGUGCCAAAGGAUUACCAUUUGUUAGCAAGGAAGGGGGAUAUUCCACUGUUAUGCUUCUAAAUCUCAGAGCAUGAGUGAAAUAAACCAACAUGUGAGCCAAGAUUGGAGAAAGAAUACAUAUAUGUUUCCCCUCCUUCAAUCAAGAUUUAAAGUUCUUGUGGUCUUUGUAAGUUUCCUUCUGAAGAGAGAUCUUAAGCAUCCUGGUGCUUCUGAAGAUCAUCCAAGACUUUUGAAGGCUAGUUAAAUCCAUUCCAUUUUGCAACUACAAUCCUCAGCCCAACCAACUCUCUUGAAAAAAAGCAAUGGGAGUGAGAGUGGAGAUGAUCAGUACCAAUUUAUCCCUACUUAUGGAAAAACAAUACCAGUCCUGUUCCAUGACACAGGAUCACAGAACCUCAAAAUUAGAAGAGACCUCAAAGGCCAUCUAACAAAAAUCCAUAAUCUUUCCAAUAUAGCCAGCAAGUGGCCAACCAGCCCUUACUAGAGGAUCUCUAGUGAAUGGGGUUACCUCUUAAAGUAUUAAAUCUUUGCAAUUUUUUGGUGGUUGUAAUUGUUCAAAUUUUUUCUGACAUCAAGCCUAAAUCUCUCUCUACUUCCAGCCAUCUCUCCUUUCUGCCUUCCAAGGACCCAGCAAGACAAGUCCAAGCCACCUUCCUUAUGAUACUUUCAAAAACUUGAAGAUAAUUGGCAUGUUCAUUCAAAUUUCUUCUCCAGACUAUAAACAUCUCGAGUCAUUCUAUUCUUUCAACAAUUCUCAGAAAACAAAUUCAUAGUCAUCAUCUAUUAUGUAGCACAAUAAUACAAUACAGGGAAGCACUUUCCAAAUCAUAUUUUUUUUGCAUUGCGAAAAAGGGCUCUGUGAAGUCUUUUCAACUCUGGCAAUAUUUUGCUUUCUCUGAUAUUAAAUAUAAAAAAUUUUAUUACAAAUGGCAAUUUUCCAACAAGAAAAUAGGUUUAAUUUACUCCAUUUCACUCCGAAAUAUCCCAGGCUUCCCGUUGUCCCAAGAAUAUUCCAUCCUUUAAUAUGUCUCUGAGUCUAGCAUUUACAGGUUCUGUCAAUAUAUUUCAAACCCCAACCUGUUCCAUUGCCAAAUGAUACUACAGGAGAUAAAAUAAGUGGCCAAAAUAAUAUAAUCUAUAAGGCCCCUUCUGACUCUAAAAUUCAAUGAUAAAGUUAAAAACAAAGAUUAUUUUUUUAAAAGAUGACCACUUUAUAUUCAAAUCAGGUUUUGUUAUCCCCUUCCCAAAAAAACCCUCAAAAUAACAAGUAGCAUUCUUUCUUGUAAAAUAAAAACCUCUAAUAUUUAUUUGCACAGGCUCCUAUAACCUUUAUCUUAUUUGAUUCUCAAAAUAAUUUAUAUAGUUACAUCAGUUUAAGAUAGGAACUAGGACUUGUGAUUUCAAUAGUAUAAAGAACUCCCCGGGGAGAAAACUUAAUCUCUCAAUACAAGUUAACAUCUUCUCUGCAAUUUAUAUUUUUAGAAUCCCACCUAUAUCUAUGAUUUGUCCAAGUUCACACAGGCAGUAUGUAUCAAAAGCAGAACUCAAAUGCAAGUUUGUCUAGUUUCAAGGCCAGUUCUCUAUCCUCUACAUCAUGCUACCUUUCAUUUAGCAACUUAAUUAUUUUUUAUACUGCAUUAUAUAUUAUUUAACAACAUUUAAGGCAGGUAGGUG